GGGGAGCAGCGUGCAGCGGUGAUGUCAACAACAUCGGUCAGUGGGUCAGCACCCUGGUAAUGUCGCUACAUGAAUAUAUACAAAUGCUGCCAAAGGGAAAAAUACGGAAUAUUAUUUGUGCUGGUCUGUUUUCGUCACGCGCCACUCGAAGUUCACGUUUAAUCACAUACACCGUUAUCGGUAGCCAGUCGUAGCUAGCGCUAGCAUGCUAGCUUUGAAAGGAAGAUAAGCGAUGUCCAGUGUUUUUGGAGAAGCACAGACGGAAUCAAGCAGAGACAGAACAGGCCCACUCUGACAGCUCAGAGUUUCUUGAGCCAUGAUCAACACUGAAGCUGCAAGAGAAUUCCAGGCCAAAGAGCGCAAAUACAAAGAGCAGCUGAGGAGAUGUUUAUCAUCAGCUUUGUCUGCAGACCUCAACAGGUUGCUCCAGGAGGAACUUGAGGCAGAUGUCUCCCUUUAUGCAGGUUCUGGUUCAGUCCGAGCUCACAGAGCCGUGUUGCUGGCCAGAGCUCCACAUCUCCUACAAGGACAGACACAUAAAGACCCCAUCAUCAUCCAUCUGCCAGGUUACGAUCUGCCAGCACUGAGGGAUUUUCUCAGGCAAGUGUACACAGCAGAGCAGAGCAUGCGAACGGCUGAAGCAAACCGCGACGCAGAGAGCAGCGCUGCAAACCGAGCAGAUCCUCACAGUUCCACUGACUCAGGUGUGUUUGUUCUUGAACCAGCCUCAGGCCUCAGUGCUGACUUGCUGGACCUGUACAAAAGGGGAGAACAGUGUGACAUCACCAUCCAGGUGGCUGAGCAGGUCUUCUCCUGCCACAGGGCAAUCCUGUGUGCACGUUCUCAGUACUUCCGUGCUAUGCUCAGUGGGAGUUGGAUGGAGAGCACCAGACAAUGCAUCACUCUGCACGGCUUGGGACCAGAUGAGAUGGAAAUGUUGCUCCAGUUUAUGUACGGAGCUGUCAUGGAUUUGCCCAGCGGAGCCAACGCCAGUCAGGUCACCAUAGCUGCAGACAUGUUGGGUCUGGAGGGGCUCAAAGACUUGGUGGAGAUGAUUUUUACCCGAGACUACUGCCGCUUCUUCCCCAAGCAGCCAGUUGAUGGGGUCCAGAGAACGGUUCUUGAGUGCUUGUCACUCACACACGCCUUAGGGCUCCAAAACCUCCACAUGCUCUGUAGGAGAUGGGUAGCGGAACAUUUUGUGAAAGCCUGGUGUGAGAGGAACUUCUCCCUCCUGUCCCCGGAGCUGCAGCGCGCCUGCAUCACGGCCGUAACGGACACAAUGACUGUACGGAAUGCCAUGACGCUGCUCUGUGGCACGGAGCAGCUGAUUGGCAGCCUCCCAGAGGUGAAGUGGGCCCAGCAUGUGAGGGCCAUGGCUGAGGAGCUCCAGGAAGAGACCCUGCACUUCAUAGUCCAGCACCUCCCCAGGGUGAUCCACACUCAGGCCUUCCACAACCUCCGCAGGAGGGAGGAGUUUACCAGAGAGCCGACGCUGCUGAAGAAGUUGUGCUUGGCGGUGAGGGAGGGUGUAGCAGUGGACAACUGCUGCGAUCUGUUCACCGCUGUCCACUCUCUGUGUGAAGAUAACUUUGAUGGAGAUUUUCACCUGGAACAUCAAAAACAAGAGGAGCCGUUCAGGCAGGAGAUCGGCACGCUACGCGGGCGCCUCUGGACCUUCCUGCUUCAGACCUCUUAUGCGGCUCGCCACACGCCGGGAUGGGAGGCACUCUCACCCAAACACAAAGAGAGGAUAUUAGCAGAAGCUAUUGAUAAAGGAGACAAUCGAAGACUUGGUAAAAAGCCAGUGUUCACUAGCUCACAGUCAAAGGCUGUAAAAUGCCCCACAUCUCAGUCUGAGAGCUCUCCGGUUCACAAGACAAACAGAAACCCAGACCUGCGCAGCGCUGCGUCAGCCAUGAAAUCCGAUGGUCUGAAUACGGCGUGCAAGCCGGGCGAAAGCCAAAACUCUAAAGCGAAGAACGCAAAGAAACAAGACAGGAGCGUGGCGACAAAGGCGAAGACAGCGUCGCCCGGUGCAGCGGUUGUCAACGGCACGGCAGCCGCCGGGGCAAAGCGGGAUGUGGCCGGGGCAAAUGGCUCGAGAAGCUCCCACGGGCCUAAAGAGCAAGAAAAGAAGCCGAACCCAGGCGCCAGGCCUAAAACCUCCCCCCCCAGCUGCACAUCUUCAACCCAGGCGGCUGUAGCUAAGGCCCAGAAAGGUUUGGCGGGAAAGGCUGACAAGUCCGCUGUUGCCGUCACAACCCAAGCACAUCCCGGUGCUUCAUCCACAUCAGCCACUACCUCGCCAGAAAACUGUGCCAGCAGUCUGAACGACAGCCACUCCAUUCCAGGUACAAAGUCCAAGCCACAGGCCAAAGCAGUGAGCAAGUCACCUCUGACCAAACAGCCUCAGAGGUCCGACACAGCAAGGACCAGCAGCCCAACCAAUAAAUCAAGUGUGAAAGAUCUGGCUAAAACCAGAACUAAUCCAGCAGAAAAGUCUGCUGCAGCGGCAAAACCAGACACCAAGGGAAGAACUACAUUGGACCAUCAUACCUCCAAGCUUGGAACUCCUAUGAAAAAGCAAGCCUCUUCCAGAAAGGAAGAUGGCAAGGAUGGACUCAAAUCCUCAGGCACCAAUAAAGUCACCAGUGAUACUAAAAAGAAGACCAUAAAACCUGUAUCAGCGAACGGAGUCUCGGCUAAAUCUAAUGCCAAAACAGCCAAAGUCUCCUCGACUACCAAGUCUGGAUCAAAGCCAAAAAAUACCACAGACUCAUCAGCUGAAAAAGCUUCACCAAAAACCUCUAAACCAUCCAGUCCUGCUCCAUCCAAGAUAUCAGAAAGUAAAAAAUUAGAAGCAGUGAAUGAUAAAACAUCAGAGCAGGCUCCAAUUGACGACUCCGGUAAUACUGUGAAGCAUAAGGAUAUUGUGCAACUUAUGCCUUCUGCGACACAAAGUUUACAUCCAGUAGGGCAGAGUGAAGAGGAAUUCCUGCCUUCAGAAGUGGGCGCUGACCACAUUGUGCAGAAGACUGAAGCAGAGUCAGAAAUCCAAACGAGUCCCCAAGAUGAGACCAGUGUUGCACCACCUAACAAAGUCCAUCAUGUCCACUUUGCAGAAGCAGACACUUGUAAACAGUUGGAUAAAAGCAAAACAAAGCUAUUUCAAGAUGCCGUAAUCACUAUUAAUGUAAACGGUGGACCAGAGCACGAGGUUCGAUCGGUGAAUUCCUCAAAAGACACAGAAUGUCCAGCUGGCACCCCUGGCAGCGUGGAAAGUACAGAGACCCCCAUAGAGGAUUCCUGGAGUGGAGUCAAUCAUCAAAUCAGCCCCGAAUCCGAGAGCGGCAGCACGCAUACAACAUCAUCUGACGAUAUCAAGCCCCGCUCUGAGGACUAUGAUGCCGGAGGGUCUCAAGACGAUGACUGCUCCAACGAAAGAGUGGUGUCCAAGUGCGGUACCAUGCGCUGUUCUGACUUCUUGGGGCGCAGCAGCAGUGACACUAGCACCCCAGAGGAGUUGAAGAUGUACGAAGGCGGCGCUGGCUUGAGGGUAGAGGUGCGUUUGCGUGGCAGAGAGGCCGAGACCACCAGCGAAGAGGAGGGAGCUCGACAACGUCCACGUUCUUGGUUGCAAAGAGAGGAGGUUCCGGUAGAGCACACAGAGGUUAGAACCAUUGAGAGCAUGAAAGGUGUUCCCAACUACUCUGAGGAAGAAGAAGAUGAUGAUGAGGAAGAGGAGGAAACGGAAGAUGAGAGGUCUGAAGUCGAAGUUAUUCCAGGUGAUGGAUCACUUCCAACAACAGAACCCUCCCCACACUUCCAAGGCAUCAUUAACCUGGCUUUUGAUGAUGACUGCCCAGACCAGGAGAACAACGACCAACCGGACUACCAAUCCACCUCAACCUUCCGCCGGUCAGUCCUGCUGUCUGUUGACGAGUGUGAGGAACUAGGUUCAGAGGAAGGAGGGGCCCAGACUCCACCUCAGCAAACAGAUGAAGCUUUCACUCCCUGUGAUGUUUUCGAGGGCGACUCCACUACUUGUCCUUCAGGUCACAAUCAAAACACCCCACCGCUCAAUCCCGAAACCACUGCCAUGAAGCUCAACUUUGAUGAGAAAGAGGAGUCUGUAUUCCUCACAGAAAUCCAAGAACCAACCGAAGAAGAGAGCAAUCAUGUUAUAUCGGAUAAAGUUCUGGACUCUGACACUAAGGAAGUGCCUCCCCAGGAGCGCCCAUGCCACCUGGAUCUGCGCCACACUGAACAGUACAAUGGAGGGAAUAACAAGGGUCUCCCCAAUACCUCAGAGAGCAAGAAAGCAGAUUUACAUCUAGACUUAAAUGAACCUCAACUGAGAGGGGGCUCUGCUGUGCAAGCUGCACAAUCUCCAUCAGGGGACAAUGGUCUUGACAGACUGGAUCAAACCUGCAAACAUGACCACCGAUCAUCCAAAGUCCUCUCUCCCAUUUAUGAGAUGGACGUGGGAGAAGCGUUUGAGCGCUGUUUGGAUAAGGACAGAGAUGUUAGACAACAGGUGGACGGCGAAAUACGGAAAGGGGAAACUGAGAACAGCAGCGACUUUGCCGAGCGAGACUGGAGCUUGCUCAGGCAGCUCCUAUCGGAGCACGAGUCGAACCUGGGUGUGAUCAACCCGGUGCCCGAGGAGCUCAACUUGGCUCAGUACCUCAUCAAGCAGACGCUGUCCUUGUCCCGGGACUGCCUGGACGGGGAGACCUUUCUGUCACCGGAGAAGGAGACUUUCAAACGAUGGGCAGAGCUCAUCUCACCCAUGGAAGACUCCUCCACCAGCAUCACGGUGACCAGCUUCUCUCCGGAAGACGCCGCAUCCCCACAGGGAGAGUGGACCAUCGUGGAACUGGAAACACACCACUGACAACUCAGGGGAGAACCUGCUGGACAGUUGACCCCUCUUAUUUAAAAAUGAUAUGUUUACUAUGUUUAUUAAUGCUAAUUGUGAUGUCACGUCUUUCUACUCACAUCAUUUCCUGGAUUGUGCAGAUAUGUGGACUUUACACCACUUCCAUUUACAUUUGUCAUUCCACCCUUAAGACUAUUUGACACGAGCAGGCUGGUAUGCAUGCAGAUAUUUUUUGUAGAUUGGACUAUUCAGUUGGUGUCUCUUAAAACUGUAAAAGACAAAAGAAAUGGUGUCUUUUCUUUAAGACAUUAUCUUUCUUUGUAGUCUUACAAUAUGGUUUACUGACAUUUCUUAAAGAAAAAUCAUGUUAGCCUUUUGGCUCCUGUUAAGUGUAAAAUAAAGAUUUGUGUUUCUGGAAAAAAUUGAA